AUGGCAACCAAGAUGGAGACACUUGACGCAUCAGCUUUAUCAGACGUUAAUUCAACUGUCACCUAUGACCCUAAAGCUGACACAGUGACCUUACCAGGAGGAGUCGUCUCAUUGGCGGGCAUCACUGUGGUGACGGGGGGUGCUGAGCUGUCCUGUGGUUCCUGCAUGCUGGCCUUUGGUUCAUGGGGGACUAUCAUUGGCUUCAGCUGUGUAGCCGUGGGGCUGUGGGACCAACUGAACCAGUCCAGAGUAGAAAUCUCUCACCUACUAUCACUGGGACUUGUUAUUCUGGCCCUAAGUUUGCUGGUGGUGGGAAGUGUGGUGGCUUUUUACCUCCUGACAAAGAAGAAGAGAGAGAUGAGAAGAGCGGCGAGAGAGGAUGGAAAGGAGAUUCUUGUAGAGAGUGAGAGGGUGAUUAAAAAAGUCACAGUAUAA